AUGUUUGCCGCCGCGGAGAGCAGGAAGCGCUCCCGACAAGACGACGAUGAGGGUCUCGGCUCAGAAGAUGCCCAUCUCGAGAAGCGCUCCCGCCCCACUGCGGAUCCAGCUGGAUAUGGAUUUCACGGCCACCACGAUUCUGUCCUAAGCACACCCUCAUCUCAGGUGCGAGAGCAGCCGAAGUAUGACAGCGACGAUGAGCUAUCCUCGAUGGUCUCCGAACCCGGAAGCCCCCAGGAUGUGUCGAUGUCGGGCGACGAGGAUAUGGACGGUGCUACCUUCUCCCAAUCACCUGAAGAAACCCGCAUGAUGCAGCCGCAAGCUCUUCGUCACUCUCCUUGGGGUCAGCGCGUGCAGACACAUCGAGUUCCAACCCCAACCGUGGCCAUGAGACCAGGUGCCCGCAGCGCGCAGCAGAAGACCGGCGUCCGCCACCACAUCCGAUCACGACAUCCACAAGAGUACAUCAGCUCUGAUCAUCUCGAAGUCCCAUCACCUAUCGACGAAGACGAGGUGCUGACGCCACCUUCAGCCGCCGAAGCCGCCGGGUCGCAAUUGUCCAUGCUCACUGUUAGUGACGUUGACAUGGACGAAGACGACUCAUCAGUGCCGACUAUCUCUAUUGACCCGGCGAGGCCAUCGAAUGUCCACACGAAUGUUGAUCUGAACAACGACCCAGACUCGGCUGUAGAUUUCGAGCCCAUGGACAACGGGCCAGACAACAUCGUCGUCAGGAAGCAGCGGCAACGAAGCGGUGCCCUUAGUAACGGCAACUCACCGGUACGAGCAGGACCAAGCAACCCAGGUGCAAGACGAGGCUUCAGCGUUGGGUUCAGAGCAGAUUGCGAGAAGUGCCGGAUGCGAGUGCCCGGCCACAUGAAUCACUUCAUAGCCUAA